AUGGUCACGGUCUUCGUGCUUCUGCGGCGUAGCGAGCGCCGAAUGUACAUGCCACGAACGUACCUGGGUGUUUUGCGACCCGAGGAGCGAACCCCUCCAUCCUCAGUUGGCCUAUUCAAUUGGAUUAAGGAGAUGUACAACUUGCCUGACGAAUAUGUGUUGCAACAUCACUCCAUGGAUGCCUAUCUCUUGCUUCGUUUCCUAAAGAUGGUAUCGAUGAUCUGCUUCGUGGGCGUGCUGAUGACUUUCCCUAUCCUAUUUCCAAUCAAUGGCACUGGCGGCGCAGGGAACAAGCAAUUGGACCUGCUAACUAUGUCUAAUAUCGCCGAAGACAAAUUCGCGCGCUACUUCGCUCAUGCUUUCAUUGCAUGGCUCUUUGUUGGGUUUGUCUUUUUUACUGUCACCCGCGAAAGCAUCUUUUAUAUCAAUUUACGACAAGCAUAUGCGCUUUCGCCGGCGUACGCCAACCGAAUCUCCUCGCGGACCGUACUGUUUACAGCAGUCACCGAAGAAUAUCUUAAUGUCGACAAGAUCCGCCGGAUGUUCGGUACUGCAAAGGUGCAGAAUGUCUGGCUCGCUACAGAUACCAGCGACUUAGAAGAAAAAGUCGAGGAACGUGACAAAGCUGCCAUGAAGCUGGAGGGUGCGGAAACGAAGCUCAUCAUGCUUGCGAAUGGUGCUCGUCUUAAAGCUUUGAAGAAACAUAACGUCGAAGACGGGCCCAUUGUGCCUGAGAAUAUUGGAGAAUAUACGGACGACGAGUCCGGCUCUGUUGCCGCUCAAUGGAUAAAGCCUACUGACAGACCUACGCAUAGACUCAAGAUACUUAUCGGGAAGAAAGUUGAUACUAUCAACUGGGCGAGAUCGGAGAUUGAGCGGCUCAAUCCUGAAAUUGAAGAGCUUCAGGCUAAACACCGCGCUGGCGAUGCGAAACUAGUGUCUUCGGUUUUUGUUGAAUUCUAUCACCAGGCAGAUGCUCAAGCUGCCUUCCAGUCUGUGGCCCACAACCUACCUUUGCAUAUGGCACCCCGGUAUAUUGGCCUGGAACCUACGCAGGUUAUCUGGUCCAAUCUGCGUAUUAUGUCGUGGGAGCGAGUUAUCCGUUCCAUUGCGGUCAUUGCCUUCGUCACUGCUUUGAUUGUCUUCUGGGCAAUUCCCACAGCUGUUGUCGGCGCCAUAUCAAAUAUUAACUUCUUGACGAACAAGGUGCCUUUUCUUCGGUUCAUCAACAAUUGCCCAGACUGGCUUAAAGGUGCCAUUACUUCCCUUCUUCCCGUUGUUUUGAUGUCAGUACUCAUGGCUUUGUUGCCGAUUGUCCUUAGAUUUGCGGCAAAGCUUCGUGGCGCACCUAGCCUAGCUGCUGUCGAGCUUACCACACAAAACUUCUAUUUCACAUUUCAAGUAGUCCAAGUAUUUCUUGUUGUCACCCUUACAUCGUCCGCCAGUAGUGUCGUCACACAGAUUAUUCAACAACCUCAGAAGGCUGCCGAGUUACUAGCGAACAAUCUUCCGCGUGCCUCCAACUUUUACAUCACCUAUAUUCUCUUACAAGGGUUGUCGUUCAGUUCUGGUGCACUGCUUCAAAUCUCUGGGUUGAUUAUGGGCAAGAUCAUGGGCAAAUUCAUGGACAAUACUCCUCGCAAGAUGUACACCCGCUGGUCCACACUUGCAGGACUGGGAUGGGGGACUGUAUAUCCUGCUUUCACCUUGCUGGUGGUUAUCGCUAUCGCAUACUCUUGUAUCGCCCCAUUGGUGUUGGCUUUUGCGACUAUUGGUCUGUAUCUGUUUUAUUUCGCCUAUCGCUACAACAUGCUUUAUGUGUCCAAUGCAGAUAUUGAUACGCAAGGAAAGGCAUACAUCCGUGCGCUUCAGCAUAUUACUGUCGGCUGCUAUCUUCUAAUAGUCUGCUUGAUUGGAUUGUUCGCUAUUGGAACAGCCAGCGCAAGAAUUGCACUGGGCCCUCUGAUCCUUAUGAUCAUUUUACUCGUUUUCAUUGUCCUAUAUCAUGUCUCACUCAACAGCGCGCUCGACCCUCUCAUCAAUUUCCUCCCAAAGAACUUGGAGGUAGAGGAGGAAGCUCUUCUUUCUCAUGAAAAAGCUGUACUCAGCAAAGCCUCUGGCGAACAUUCCGACGGAGUGGGUGCCAGCGCUUCCGGGCAGAAUGAGCCUGAACAUGGUACUGAAAAUGUCGAUUCUGAGAGAGGGUUCGCUGGCACGGCUCCCCAAGAUAUCAAGCCGAAUUUCCUUGUCAAAUUCUUUCGCCCUGGCAAGUAUAGUGGGUAUACGCAGCUGCGCCGUUGGGUACCAGAUGCCCAUAAUCCAAUCACCUACUCCCCUGAGGUCGAAAGCCAGGCAUACUUCCAUCCAUCCAUCAGUGCCCAGGCACCGCUGCUCUGGAUUCCUCGCGAUGAAAUGGGAGUGAGCAAACAGGAGGUCAGGCACACAAUGCGAGUAAUUCCCAUAACGGAUGAAGAUGCGUGGUUGGAUGAGAAAAACCAUAUUCAUUGGGACAUGGACAAGGGUGUUCCCCCUAUCUAUGAGGAUAAGAUACACUAUUAA